GCGAUCCUGCACAUUGCAGAAUUUUGUCUCCUUCACUCUGCUCACCUCAUCUGCUUCUUCCUCUCUCAUAAUGGUGGAUUCCAUCCUGUGGGUUGUUGAGAAAGGAGAACACUUCUUGGAAGCUUGCUAAUAUACCAGGUGGUUACUUUUUGGUUGCUGAAAAUAAGAGAAAACAGGCGGUUACUUUUUGGUUGCUGAAUAAGGGAAAACAAUCGAUCCGUUGGUGCUUAUUAACCCCCUCGCGGAAGCAAACAAAAGAAUGCGAUUUCAGUUUCAACACCCAAUUAAUAUGGUCAACAAGAAGAAGAAGACAAAAAUUAAGAAGAAAGGAAGAGUGGACAUCCCCCUUUGCAUUCAAUGAUAAGGUUAUGGCAUUCGGUUCAACGCCACUGAAAACAUAUCUACCUGAUGGAGACAUUGAUCUGACAGUAAUCACUUCUCAAAAUGAUGUGGCGUAUUUGGUUAGCACUGUUUGCAGUAUCCUUGAAGAGCAGAUUUGUGACAGUUCUCCAAUAAAGAACGUUCAAGUCGUUGAUGCACGGGUAGUUCUUAAAUCUAACUUCUGCUAUAUUUGGUUUAAGAAUUUGACUGGAUUGAAAAAUUGAGUUAGAUCUGCACAUGCUUCUUUUACAGUUGGCUUUCCAGUUCAUGCUAUCUUGGAUCGUUGUACAUACUUACUUUUCAUUCACCUCUCCCUCCUCCCUUCCCCCUCUCCAUGUUCUUUGCAUGAAUCAAGAUCUUGUUCAUAAAUGUCUUAGGAAAUCUUUGAAAGUUUAAAUGCAUUAAAUUAUUUGUCAAGGAACAUGAAAUCCGAUUUCUCACUUUGAAGCAAUUAAGUAUCAUUCUCUGUUUGUCGUCUUUCAAGUAUGGAGGAAUAAUUUCCUUAUGGUGAUAAAGAAAUGAAAAAUGGUCAAGUUGCUUAUGAAGAUUGCUUUUGAGUUUUGAUGGAGAAUAUCAAGCUUUUGUACUUUAAAAUAAUCAGUAAAUAUUUGACAAUGGCGAAAGCAGUUAAAAUGCUAAUGAUUCUGAUGCUUAUAUUUGGUAGUGUUGUUUCAGCUGAUUUAGUUAUUAUUCUUGUAAUUCCUAUAGAGACAAGCAUACACUUACACAUACACAUACACACGUGGUCAUUUGUACAACUUGUAGAAGCUUUAAGGGUUUGCCUUAGAUCAACUUGGGGGUUACUCCAGUUUAACUUGGCAAGUCACAACUCCACAUACACAUAUAUGUAGGCUGGUUUAUUCUUAGACCUCCAAUUUUCUGGGGCCCUGUCCAUAGAGUUCACACUUUACACCUUAUUUAGCUUUAAUGAAGUUUUGUUAAGCAUGAGUGUCUCACCUUUUUGUGUUGCAUAAUAAUUGGUCGCAAUGGUAGAGUUGAGUUUCCAUUGGUUCAAGCUUCCUUUUUUGUUUUUUUAUUUUGUUUCUUCUUUAAAAGUGUUGCAUAAUUUGUCAUGGAGGAUGAUUGUUUUUUCUUUUGCUUAUGUUUAAAUGAUGGCAUUGAAGUUGAGGAUCAGAAUUUUUCCUUUCAUGAAAAUUUUAUGAUCAACAUGGCUGCUACGUGAACAGGAUGUUGUUGCCAGAAAUUCCACCUGUUUGGAAGCAUUGUGUAGAACAAUUGAAAGUUGAAUGAGUCAGUGGCAUGGUUAAGAUUGUCAAGUGCUGGGUGCAACAUAUGUGGGUGGACAUUUCCUUCAAUCAAGUGGCUGGACUUCAUGCUUUGUGCUUCCUGGAGCAGAUGGACCAGUAUAUUGGAAGGGGCAACCUUUUCAAACAGAGUCUAAUCCUGAUCAAAGCCUGGUGCUUCUAUGAGAGUCGGCUUCUUGGUUCUCACUGUAACUUGAUGUCAACUUAUGCAUUAGAGAUUUUGGUCUUGUACAUAAUCAAUAUCUUUCAUUGUUCUUUGAGCGGACCAUUGGCGGUCUUGUAUAAGUUUUUGGACUACUAUAGCACUUUGGAUUGGGACAAAUACUGUAUUAGUGUGUAUGGUCCAGUUGACAUAAAUUUUCUUGCAAAAGCAGAUGUAGAGACAUCAGCAACCAGGGGGACUAACUUGUUGCUUGGUAAGAAUUUCCUUGAAAGCUGCAUCAAGUCUUUCUCAACUUCAAAAGGGAUGUUUGAGACCGAAAGACAAGAGUUCCAGAUAAAGCAUUUGAACAUAAUUGAUCCUCUGAAUCACAAAAAUAACUUGGGCCGUAGCAUCAGCAAAGGCAAUCUCUGUCGCAUGAAAAUUGCUUUCUCCUAUGGAUAUGAAAAGCUCAGAGACGUUCUUAAGGGACCGCUAGAAAGCAUAGGUGAAGGUGUAAUGGGAUUCCUUGUCAACACUAUCAAAUGGAGUGGAAGGUUACAAACCCUUGAUGCAGAAGUUUCUGUUGUUGAUAACCAAUCUAGCAUCUUUCACCUCAAAGGGGAUUAUAAUUGUCCCAUCCAAUGCCUAAACUAUUCCCAGUGGUAUAUUAACUCGGACGAGUUUCGACAAUCAAGCCUUCAGACAUUACCUUCUGUGGUUCAGAGCCAAAGCAUAGAGGAUGAAUUUAGUCAGAAUAUCUAUUUUGCUGGAGGUGCAGAUUGUUUUGUCCCCUCAUCAAUUGUCCAUCCAAAUGCUUCGCAGCUUUUAGAUUCUGUUUUGAGUGUCGAUGAAACAGAAAAUUACCUGGGAAAGGGCACAUCUGUACCCCCUGCAAGUUCUAAGGGAAAAUUCAAGUUGAGUGCGUCUGCUCCACCUUUCAUUAGUUCACCUGUUAGCGAGAGAGCGAAGUGUGAAGGAACAGGCUUGUUCAUCCCUAAAGUGGAUAUAGAAAGGGAGCCGAAGUCAAAAGAAAGAGAUUUGCGUUCGCCUGAGGCACAGUGCCAUGACUGGCGGAUAAACUCGUCUCAGAUGAAGAGGUAUUCAGUAGGAUCAUCGCUGAAAACCUCUACAAGUAACCGGAUGGCUGGUGGUAUCCCAUUCAAGUCGAGCAGGGUUAGGGAAAGCAGUCGUUUUAAUGUCCCGAGAGAAGGGCACUGGCUUCUUUCUUCUCGUAAAACUUCUGCUGAAUCAGACAAGGAUGCUGGAAGCAGCACUUUUGUUCUGUCACUAGAUGAUUUUCCUCUGCUUUCUAGCUGCAAAAAACCUGUCACAAGCAGAAAGGCACAGCCAGAUUCAGCUAACAAAUGAUUCCCCGUGGGCUUGCAAACUGUCCAACUGCAGAGAUCUUCGGUAGCUGUACGAGUCAUGUCCUUACCGAUGACAGAGAAGCAGCAGGUUCAUGUUUCAGACCAUCUGCGGGAUGAUGUUUCGGCCAUUUCUUCUGUAUAAAUUUCCAUUCGUGACACUUCAACCAGAUAAAUGUCAUACAAUCAAAUGCUAUGUUAAGUGCUCUAGACCGCAGAUAUAGUGGUCUCAAAUGGCAAAGGAAGUGCUACCCUCAUACAUGGCUAAAUCCUUGCUGGAUAUGUUAAAAGUAGAGAUAAUUUAAUGACUUUUUCAAGAAGAGUAGCACUUACUUUUCAUACAUAGCUAAAUCCUUACCGGAUUUUCAGUUAUGGAUUAAUGGUCAGUCCGCCUAGAAAUUGUUCCUGGAAAGCUACACCGGUUAUUUGCUGAGAAAGAAUAUCCAGUCUAUGUAGUUGUAUUUCGUCUAUCUUACAAUUAGCAACUUCUCUUGUUUAUAUAACAUGAAUACUUUUAGAGC